UAGAAUCACAACAGGAACAGAAUUACGGGCUUACCAUAAAUAACACUGAAAGCCCAAUCUCACUAUGUCAGUCGGAUCAUAAGUUUUCUAGUAAAUUACAAUUUCCGACGACGGAAAAAGAUAGAAGAAGAGAAAAAAGUAUUUGCAGCAGAGCCAAAGAAAGAGUGAAAAAUGGUGGAUUACUACAAGGUUCUACAGGUUGAUAGAAGUGCUAAAGAGGAUGAUUUGAAGAAAGCUUAUCGCAAACUUGCUAUGAAGUGGCAUCCUGAUAAAAACCCUAAUAACAAAAAAGAUGCUGAAGCUAAAUUCAAACAAAUCUCUGAAGCUUAUGAUGUUUUGAGUGAUCCACAAAAGAGAGCGAUCUAUGAUCAGUACGGAGAAGAAGGAUUACAAGGAGGGAUUCCAAAACAAGGUGGUGGAGGUUUUGGUGGUGGUGGUGGAGCACAUACUUUUAGGUUUAACCCUAGGAGUGCUGAUGACGUUUUCUCUGAGUUCUUUGGAUUUUCAAGUCCUUUUGGUGGUGGUGGUGGUGGUGGUGGUGGUGGUGGUAUGGGAGGUAUGGGUUGUGGCCCACGUGCUGGACAAUUUGAUGAUAUUUUUGCUCAAUUUAGAAGUCAAGCUGGAGAAAGUUCUGCCGGUGUACCUAGGAAAGCGUCAGCCAUUGAACGACCUCUACCAUGUAGUCUGGAAGAUUUGUAUAAAGGAACAACUAAAAAGAUGAAAAUUUCAAGGGAAGUUGCUGAUUAUAGUGGAAGGCCCACAACAGUCGAAGAAAUCCUGACAAUAGAGGUCAAACCAGGGUGGAAGAAGGGAACUAAGAUCACAUUUCCAGAGAAAGGCAAUGAACAACGUGGUUUAAUACCAGCAGACCUUGUCUUCAUCAUCGAUGAGAAACCUCACAGCGUCUUCAAGAGGGAAGGCAACGACCUCAUUGUCACCCGGAAGAUAUCACUUGUGGAAGCUUUAACUGGUUACACUUCACAGUUGACAACCUUGGAUGGACGGACUUUGCCCAUCUCUAUCAACUCUGUAGUGUCUCCUGGCUCUGAAGAAAUUAUUAAAGGGGAAGGGAUGCCCAUUCCAAAGGAUCCGAGCAAGAGAGGUGACCUAAAGGUCAAAUUCAACAUUAGGUUUCCCGCAGUACUUACAGCGGAGCAGAAAAUGGGCAUCAAACGAUUGUUGAUGUGAAUUGAAUCAAUGCUAGGGUUAACUUUAUGCCACAGCCUUUCGUGUAAGUUAAUUUGUUAAUUGAUUUUCUUUUGUUUUCGGCUUCAAUAGGUAUGGAAAUUUAGACACCACGCUUUUAAGUUCGGAUUUCAUGAGGAUAUUCAAUUGAAGAAUUUGAAAGUACAUAUAUAUAAAAGAAUAUAUGUAUAUCUUGCUUUUCCCACUUUUUAAUUUUAUUAUUCAGUUUAUGGUGUUCUUGCCAAGAUGAAAA